AAAAAUACAAUUUUGAAUGAAAAGAAGAAAGAAGGAAAUUAAAAAAGUAUAAAAAAAAUAAAAAAAUCAGUAUUAUUUUUCCCUAAUUUUGUUUUUCCGAAAAAUUUUAGAUUUAGGGUUCAGUUCUUCACCUUCACGCCUCACCUCUGUCUCUCAUCUCUGGGCUCUCCCUCUCAUCUUCGACACGCCGGCCUUAGUGCCUCACACUCAGUCUUCGAAGUCCGACUCUCCCUUGUCGUUGGAGAAGUUUAAGCUUAGUUACUGACUAUUUAUUUGGAUUUGAGUUAUGGAGGACAUAGAGCAACAGCAAAAUAAAACCAAACACAAGGGGAAGCAUGACAAGCCGAAGCCAUGGGAUGAGGAUCCUAACAUUGACCGUUGGAAGGUUGAGAAAUUUGAUCCCUCUUGGAAUGAAGCUGGUAUGCUCGAAGUCAGCUCUUUCUCUACUCUGUUUCCCGUGUACAGAGAAAAAUAUUUGCGAGACACAUGGCCAGUUGUGAAGUCUGCAUUGAAAGAGUUUGGUAUUGUUGGUGAACUGAAUCUGAUUGAAGGAUCAAUGACAGUUUCAACAACUAGAAAGACUAGGGAUCCGUAUAUUAUUGUCAAGGCAAGGGAUCUGAUCAAGCUUUUGUCAAGAAGUGUUCCUGCUCCUCAGGCAAUAAAAAUACUGGAUGAUGAAAUGCAAUGUGACAUUAUUAAGAUUGGGAACUUGGUACGCAAGAAGGAACGAUUUGUUAAAAGAAGACGCCUUCUUGUGGGCCCAAAUUCAUCAACCUUAAAGGCGCUUGAAAUAUUGACAGGAUGCUAUAUUCUUGUUCAGGGCAACACAGUUGCUGCGAUGGGUUCAUUCAAAGGUUUGAAGCAAGUUAGGAGGGUAGUGGAAGAGUGCAUGAUGAAUAAAAUGCAUCCUGUAUAUAAUAUUAAGAUUCUCAUGAUGAAGAAAGAGCUCGCUAAUGAUCCAGCACUUGCAAAUGAAAAUUGGGAUCGAUUUCUUCCCAAAUUCAAGAAGAAAACUGUUAAACAAAAGAAGGUCAAGAGUAAACCCAAGAAGCAGUACACACCUUUCCCUCCUCCUCAGCAACCUAGCCAGAUUGAUAUACAAUUGGAAACUGGAGAAUACUUCUUAAAUGAAAAAAAGAAGUCUGCAAAGAAAUGGCAGGAUAAGCAGGAGAAGCAGGCAGAAAAAACUGCUGAAAACAAGAGAAAAAGAGAAGCUGCCUUUGUUCCUCCUAUGGAGGCGCCGAAGCAGCAGGAUACACAACCUGAUGGAGAUAAAAAUGAUAUUGCCGAAAUGGCAAAAGUCUUGAAGGAAAAGGCUAAGGCAUUUGGAAAACGAAAAGCUGCAGAAACUAUCAAUCCGGAAGCUUAUAUCGCAUCAUCCAGCGAUCAGCCACUUUUCAAGAAGAGAUCCAAGACAUCGUCGUAGAAGUUGGUAAGUAUAUUGUCAGGGGAGCGAGCUUCAACCCUUGUAUAUGGAAUUACCAAAGGUUCUAGGUCUUUUUGUAGCACUUCUUUUUUUGUUUUGUUACAUGUCGGAUUAGAAUCAGUGUCGUUAUAAUGAGAAAAUCCCGAGCCUUAUUUCA